ACAGUUAUCCCCAUGAAUCCCGAACUGACAUGAUAUCCUUGCUAAGUGACAGUCUGUGUGUGAAGUCUUUCCGUGUCCAUCUAAUUUCAAAUUUGGUAACGAAGACAUUCUGCCAAUCAAGAAAUGGAGGAGUAUGAUGAGUAUGAUUACAGUGGAAACAGCACUGAGAACACAUAUGAUCCACAUUCCUUCUUUCAAUGGAAUGAACUUCUGCCGACUCUAAUUGUAUACAGUAUCACAUUUAUUUUGGGCCUCGUUGGUAAUAUUUUGAUGAUAUUCAUCACUUUCAAGUACAGAAGGAUGAAAAGCGUUACGAAUGUCUUCCUCGCCAGUCUGGCAUCGUCAGAUUUGAUUCUGAUCACCGUCUGCAUUCCUGUAAAGAUAGCUAAAUUAUUUUCCUACACCUGGCAAAUGGGCGCAGUUGUUUGUAAAGGUAUUCACUACAUGCAGUACGUUUCGGCGAUUUGCUCAGUAUUGACGCUUACAGCAAUAAGUAUAGAAAGAUAUUAUGCAAUUGUGCAUCCCAUGAAAGCAAAGUAUAUUUGUACCAUUAGUCAAGCUAAAAAAAUAAUUUUAUUGAUAUGGAUUGUGUCUAUACUACUGGCCACCCCUACCCUGAAAGUACAGAUCCAUCUCCCAGUUGGCAGAUAUGGGGAAUACAGAUAUUGUGUCAGAGGAUGGGAUGUAAACACAAAGUUGACCAAAUUCCACGAAGUCUAUAUGUUUAUACUGAUUUUUGUGGGUCCCUUCUGCAUUAUGUCACUUUCCUAUUCGUUAAUUUGCUGGGAAAUUUGGAAAGUCAUGGAAAGGAGAUUAGUCAUGACAAGUGAAGAAGCGCUAUCAAGAACUCACACUUCAGUGAAUGGUAAUGAAAGAUUACUUGAAGGUACAAUAUCCAACAAUGGAGGUAAAAGAAACAACAGGAGCAAUACCCGAGAUGACACAUUGAUGGUGAAACAAGUUAUUUGCAUGCUGGUUACCGUGGUCGUACUUUUUGCUGUCUGCUGGACACCUAUGCUUAUAGAUAAUGUGCUAACAGCAUAUGGAGUCAUACAUUUUAUGAAGUUUGGAACACUAAAAUACUUGUCCUCCUCAUUUUCUCUCAUGGCUUAUUUCAAUAGUUGCAUCAACCCUAUCAUCUAUGGAUUUAUGUCAAGAAAUUUUCGCAGGAGUUUUGUCCAAGCUCUAUGUUUGAAGACCGACACGAGAUCACUUGAUCGAGAGAGGACUUAUAGUCUGAGAAAUGUCUCAAGAAGAGGAUCACACACGAGGAGCUCAUCGGUUAGAUGAAACAGGGUCACAACUUUUCUCUGAAUUUCGAGAAUGUUCACACAGACCUUUGAUGAGAUUAUAUUUUCUCAUCCAACUUGUCAAGAAAAAUUUCUUCCGUUUUUUCUAGUAUUAUGUAUCAACCAAUACAAUUCCAUGUUUUAAUUACUGUCUAUAAAAUUAGUCAAUGAAAAUUUCGAAAUAGUGAACUUAGUCUACUUAGCUAGUCUGGGUUGGAUAUUUGAUGGAAAUGUAUGGAAAUGACGAUCGUUAUUCAACACAAUAUAUAUAGAUUUAUUCAAAUUGAAGAUAAAAUUUGUACAGAAUAUUUAAAUCCAACAAACACUAAUAAAACAAUUUUGUUUUUCAAACAUAUCUCCUGAAUACAACCUUGUUGAUACAAUGUUUUCAAUCAUUAUACAGAGUAGGUAUACUAAGCUUCAUGUCAAGCUUUGUGUGAAAUAAAUGUAUAAAAUGUU